GGGAACGGGACAACGGCACCGGAACGGGCCGGGACAACGGGACUGGCACCAGGGGAACGGGACAACGGCACCGGAACGGGCCGGGACAACGGGACUGGCACCAGGGGAACGGGACAACGGCACCGGAACGGGACAACGGCACCGGAACGGGCCGGGACAACGGGACUAGCACCAGGGGAACGGGACAACGGCACCGGAACGGGCCGGGACAACGGGACUGGCACCAGGGGAACGGGACAACGGCACCGGAACGGGACAACAGCACCGGAACGGGAUAACCGCACCGGAACGGGCCCGGGACAACGGGACUAGCACCAGGGGAACGGGACAACGGCACCGGAACGGGCCGGGAUAACGGGACUGGCACCAGGGGAACGGGACAACGGCACCGGAACGGGCCCGGGAUAACGGGACUGGCACCAGGGGAACGGGACAACGGCACCGGAACGGGACAACGGCACCGGAACGGGCCCGGGACAACGGGACUAGCACCAGGGGAACGGGACAACAGCACCGGAACGGGAUAACCGCACCGGAACGGGCCCGGGACAACGGGACUGGCACCAGGGGAACGGGACAACGGCACCGGAACGGGACAACAGCACCGGAACGGGCCCGGGACAACGGGACUGGCACCAGGGGAACGGGAUAACCGCACCGGAACGGGACAACAGCACCGGAACGGGAUAACCGCACCGGAACGGGCCCGGGACAACGGGACUAGCACCAGGGGAACGGGACAACAGCACCGGAACGGGCCCGGGACAACGGGACUAGCACCAGGGGAACGGGACAACAGCACCGGAACGGGCCCGGGACAACGGGACUGGCACCAGGGGAACGGGAUAACCGCACCGGAACGGGCCCGGGACAACGGGACUAGCACCAGGGGAACGGGACAACGGCACCGGAACGGCACCGGGAUAACGGGACUGGCACCAGGGGAACGGGACAACGGCACCGGAACGGGCCCGGGAUAACGGGACUGGCACCAGGGGAACGGGAUAACCGCACCGGAACGGGACAACAGCACCGGAACGGGAUAACCGCACCGGAACGGGCCCGGGACAACGGGACUAGCACCAGGGGAACGGGACAACAGCACCGGAACGGGCCCGGGACAACGGGACUAGCACCAGGGGAACGGGAUAACCGCACCGGAACGGGCCCGGGACAACGGGACUAGCACCAGGGGAACGGGACAACGGCACCGGAACGGCACCGGGAUAACGGGACUGGCACCAGGGGAACGGGACAACGGCACCGGAACGGGCCCGGGAUAACGGGACUGGCACCAGGGGAACGGGACAACGGCACCGGAACGGCACCGGGAUAACGGGACUGGCACCAGGGGAACGGGACAACGGCACCGGAACGGCACCGGGAUAACGGGACUGGCACCAGGGGAACGGGACAACGGCACCGGAACGGGCCCGGGAUAACGGGACUGGCACCAGGGGAACGGGACAACGGCACCGGAACGGCACCGGGAUAACGGGACUGGCACCAGGGGAACGGGACAACGGCACCGGAACGGCACCGGGAUAACGGGACUGGCACCAGGGGAACGGGACAACGGCACCGGACCGAGACCAGGGACCCCUAUGGCAGACGGCGACCAGCCCCCUCGCUGCACCGCAGCCCCCGCCCGCGGCCGGGGCACCCAGCCCUGCCGGCCUGUGCCACGGGUCCACACCUUCGGGAAGGGGGGGCAGGCGCUGCGCCGGGACCCCCACACCCCCCCCACCAUGCGGGGCUGGCUGCACAAGCAGGACAGCUCAGGUCUGCGGCUCUGGAAGCGUCGCUGGUUUGUGCUGGUUGAUCUCUGUCUCUACUACUACCGGGACAGCAGCGAGCAGGAAGUUCGGGGCGGCCUCCCCCUGCCUGGCUACGAGAUCCGUGUGCUGCCCCCUGCCUCCCGCAGCCCACAAUUCCUCUUCACGGCUGAGCACCCCGGGAUGAGAACGUACUGCCUGGGGGCUGAGACGCCCGAGGAGCUGAAGGCCUGGGUGUGUGUCCUGCGCCAGGGUGCAUCCCUCCUGCCCGGCUCCCAGCACUCCCUCUCCCUGCAGACCACCCAGGAAGCCUGGAGUGUGGGCUCUCCCUCACCUCCAUUGCCCUCACACUGGUGCUCUCUGUGCCCCGCGGGUGAGGAGCUGGGCCUGCCCCCCACAUCUCCCCCUCUGGUCCCUCUGGUCCCUCCACUGCCUCCCAGCAAGGCACCCACACCGCAGGAGAGGACGCUGGCCCGCGGGGGACCCUGCGGGAGCGCGGGCAGCCGCGGGGCGCCGGGAGGGCCCCUGCCGGGCGCUGCUCCUGCCGUUCCCGCCGCCGCCGGCGGGUCCCGCUCCCGCCCCGGAGCCGCGGCAGCCCCCGCGCUGACCCCGCCCCCCAGGGGGCGGAGCCUGCACAAGACCCGCCCACCCGCAGCGGAGACCAACCAGCCACCCCUGCCCGCCGGCGAGAGACACACCGCGGCCAAUCAGACGCCGGCUUCUCCAAUUGACUCUUGUGAUUGGCUGCUGGCGCCCGUGGGCUCUGGUGGCGCCCCGCCCCCCUCGGGCACCGCCUCCCCUCCGGCAGCCAAUGAGACUUGGUCGUGGGCGGGUGGGCGUGGCUCAGAGCGGGAAGGUGUGGCGGGGCGCGGCGCGCGGCGGCCAAUCAGAAUCACCGUUCUCCAGGCCAGCUUCUGA